AUGACUCGUGUUCCACUGCUAUUUUUAGUUCGGUUCCUUUCCCGAAAAGGACUAGAGAUCUUCACUUUGUCGCCUGCCCCCGAUCCAAUCCCUUAUCCACAGACCACAGAAGCCUCCUUAUCUUCUUCUUCCAGCUCUUCCUCCUCCUGGCCAUUUCCACAAGCACAUUGCCUUCCUUUCCCCUCCCGUCGUCGCUUUCUCGCCUUCUUUGUCUCGUCACUCGUGCCCACGUUGCCUCUCUUGUCAAGGAAGCAAGCUCUAAAGGCGCGACCUUUGCCGGACAGCCAUCCUCUUUAUAAAUUUCAAGGCUCGUGGCUAGUGGGGCGAUGCAGCGACAUGCCUUUCAUCCUCCCCUCUCUCCCUAAACCCAGAUUCCGGCCUCAAUUUGGUCCCGGCAUCGAUUCUUUGUCGGUUUCCGGCUCGCGCAGGCGCCGAGUUCGUUGUGGUCUAAUUGCCAAAAUCGCACCUUUAGCAGUUUCCGUUCCGGCUGGAAUUUGUUGCGGUGCGAGCGUCAAGAUCGAGUCUUUUGGACUUUUCGAGGGCUCGAGGACGAGAGUUUGUGGUAGGAGAAAGAAGAGGAAAGAGGCGGCGGAUGCAUUCGAGGCAGGUAAGAGGAGUGCGAACGUGGAAGCUGAGAUUUACGAAUUCAUGCAAAACUCAGCGAAGCCGACAGAUUUUCCUACCAAGCUGGAGCUCGUCGCGGCUGGGAGGGCAGAUUUAGUGGAGGCUGUGGUAGCUCAGGGCGGAUGGCUCGCUUUUGGCUGGGACCUCGAUGACAAUGAGGUGGAGUUUCCCAUUGACGAUGGCGUUACUGUAACUGUUCUGCCAAGCAAAAGUGAAGCUGCAGAAGAUGGUAGAGUCUACCAAGAGAGGGUUUCUAAUGGCUCCGACGACUGCCCUUCCACACCAUCUUCUUCAGGAAGAACAUUGGAGACAGCGGAGCAGGAAGAGGGUGGUGGGGUUGAGGGAAUAUUGAGCAGGCUGAAAAAAGAAAGGAACUUGUCUUUGAUAACAAGUGGGAAGGUAGUGAAUGGUCUGGAUUCAUACACAAAACCUAUAGUCGAUCGAGAUGGUACAAGAAAUACUAGAUCCAAGUCAUCAGAAUCUCAAAUGGUCGAGGCAAAUAAUACGAAAUUCAAAGUUGUCAAUGGCACAAAAGGUGCAUUUCCUGACACGUGGAGGAAUUGGAGUCUUCAAAGAGCUGGCUUUUCUUUGACGGACUUUGAAGCUGCUGAGAUUGUCCCCAAUGACGAUGGAAGGCUCUCAGAAGAGCACUGUUUAGAUGUUGAAGCUUCUAGUAAUGAGUUUCAUAAACAAGCGCAGAACAACAUGUCUUAUAAAGGAAGAGAUGAAAUGGUAGUGGACAAAAGUAAGAUACUUGCACGUCUUCAGCUAUUGGAGGAGGAUCUUAACUCUGCUGCUCACAUAUUACAAGCUAGAGUCAAUGGUGCUACUUCCCAAAAGCACCAAGAAAACUCAUUAGAUGAGCUGCAUAGUCUUUCUGAUGUUUGGGAAUUCCAAGAAACUGAAAUUAUGAAAGCUCGAGAUAAGUUGAGGUCUAUUCGAGCAAAAUUGACUGUUAUAGAUGGAAAACUGUCACUCGAGAUCAGAGAAGCACAGAAAAUAGCCGAAGAGAAACAAAGUAGUAUUACUGCUGCUCAAAUGGCUUUGUCACUCCUUCGUACAACCUGUAUUGUCUGGCCUAAUUCUGCUUCAGAGGUUUUACUUGUGGGAUCUUUUGAUGGAUGGGCUAAUCAGAGAAGGAUGGAACGAUCAAACUCAGGCAUCUUCUCUUUGCAGCUAAAGUUGUACCCUGGAAGAUAUGAGAUCAAGUUCAUUGUUGAUGGUGUAUGGAAAAUUGAUCCCUUGCGCCCUACUGCGCACAACAAUGGUCACGAGAAUAAUCUCCUCAUGGUGGAUUGAAGUUCAUGUUCCCGUAUCAAGAGCUUAUUUAGAGAAGCUGGAUAGCAAUGAUGAUGUUGAAGCUGUCCUUUACAUCUCGUGGCUGUGCGCGCCGAAGAAUCUAAGUGAACCUCAACAAUUGCAGCGCUGCAAAAUCAGAUGAAGGCAUUUGUUCCUAUGGAUCUUUCAACUUACACCAAUGGUUUGUGUGUUGCUACCUUCUGGUAUCACUGUGCAUGUUGACUGAAGACAUUGUUAUCGCCUUAUAUCGUGUGCAUGUCUACUGAUCCUCUUACAACCACGUUACGACUGCUCUAGCAAGAUGUAAAUUUUUUAUAUGGAAUCUUGUAAAACUAAAUGAGCAACUCAAUAAGCUCAAUAAUGUAGAUUAAAAGUUGUAAUACAUCAAGCUCCAUAAGUUCAAACC